AUGUUACCGCUGGAGGGUCGCAGCGAGACCAUCUUCAUCGUCACUACUAUCUUUUUGGGUAUCUCAUUCAUUGCGGUGUGCUUGCGAUGCUUUGUCCGGAUCAAACUUGUCAAGGCCUUUGGCUGGGAUGAUGCGCUGAUGGUUUUUGCCAUGCUCUUAAACAUUUUGUUCGCACUCGCCGGUAUCACUGGUGCGCUAUAUGGAAUCGGCCAGAAAACCGACGUACUUAGGGACCGAAAUUCGAUGGAAACGGCCAUGUUUUGGUGGUGGCUCGGUCAAACCACCUAUGUCUGGGUCGUCGCCGUCGCAAAGAUCUCGAUCGCCGUGGCGCUUCUCCGUCUCACCAUUGCGAAAACCCAUACCAUUAUCCUAUGGGUCGUCAUCGGCGUGACCACCGUCAUUGGUCUCGUCUUCUUUUUCAUGUUGACCCUGCAAUGCACGCCCGUGUCGUUUUUUUGGCAGCAAGUACGACUGAAACUUGACCCGACAGCCGAUGUUACCGGUCAUUGCAUGAGCCUCGAUAGUAUCAUCAGCAUCGCCUACGUCUACAGUGUCACCGCCACAUUGUGCGAUAUGACGCUUGGACUCUUGCCAGUAUUCCUCGUAUGGAGUCUGCAAAUGAACGUACGGACCAAGGCCGCGCUGGCAGGCAUUUUGGGUAUGGGUUGCAUUGCUAGCGCAGCCGUCAUCAUUCGCAUUCCAUUCUUACAUGACUACAAGGACCCUGAUUUCCUAUAUGCGACCGCUCAGAUCUCCAUCUGGUCUAAUGUCGAAGCUAGUCUCGGUAUUGCUGCCGGUAGUCUGGUCACUCUCCGGCCACUCUUCCGCUGGUUUCGCGAUUCCAGCUACGGCGGCGGCACUCGAACCAAAAGCAAGCGGACUGGAGCCAGCCUACCACUAUCCAGUGUGAAUGCUGGACGGUCAGGGGACCCUUCUGGACCGCAGUAUUGGCGCCCGGACUUGGAUCCGGAAGAUACUCAGGCCGUAAUUACCACCAUUCAUACCUCGAAUCGUGGAAGUCGCACGAGUAGCCAGGAAGAUCUGAAUCCCAAACAUAAUAACGGGACCUUCUUUUCUGGCGUGAACGUGCAGAAGACGUUCUUUGUUUCUGAGGAUGAUUCUCAUUGA